GCAACAUAUGGAAGGGAAGGGAGUGGAAAGGGGGAAAUAUAAUGUUAGCAAAGACCAAAAGUAGGCCUGCACAUCUCAUGCCAUUGGUCCACCACCAAUCGAGUGCAGCAUCACGUUUGGAUUGGCCAAUACCCCUUAGUGACAGAGUGGAGCAGCUUUUUAGACCUAGGGCCUCUUUCUCAAGUCCAACAGUUGAGAAUGGAUUCAAUGAUGGGACAUAGACUGGCAUGAGGACAAGAUGCUGAACAUCCAGGCGUUACCAUCACCCAAGGUUUAUGAAGCCUUGAAUCGCAAAAUGACCCAGGCAGACCAAAAAUGACCCAGGCGAGGAGGGAGAGAGGCCGCAAACAAGAGGCAGAAGAGAUCAAACACAUACUGCAUUAAUUGGGCUAUAAGCAGCCACAGGAAUAGCUAAAUACUGGUGUCGUAGGUAAGUCUUAAACCAGAGUACUGCUUAUUGUGCCCCUGUGUCCUACAAUUAAAAGUUCCGAUCGCCGCCCACCAGGUCCUGCCUCCCCCCUCUCCCCACCUCUCUUAACUUCAGACGCCCCCUCCCCUCUACACUCCAGGCGCAGUCAGGAGCCUCAUUGCGACUACGAAAGCUUGUGAAAGACUCGAUUUUAAGCGCCACUCUGGGAAUGGGACCGCAAAUCGGAAGCAAGAAGAACUUCGCCUUCUUUCGGAUCUUCCCGCUCCGCAGGCAACUUUUCAUCCAAAGGGAAUAAACUUUUUUUUCUUUUUUAGAAGAAAGGGACAGGUGUAAGAGAAACACAAAUGGGAUAAAGUGGUGGUAUGUUUUUUUUUUUUUUUCUCUCUCUCUCCUUUCCUCCUCCUUUAAGUUUCUAUUUAAAAAGCUGAAGGUUCAGACUGGGGACUUCUCUGAGGGGAGCUUUUUAUGACAUGCUUUAAAGUGAGGUGUGGAGAUCCCGCAGUUCACACAGGCUCUACCCCAGAAUAAAGCAGCGGAAGUCUUUUGUUAGAGGGGCCGUGUGGGUUUUUCUAAAGGUGCGUCUCUGGGGCCCCCGGUGUAUGGCGCUGAAAGGUGUCGGAGCAGCAGGCAGAGAGCGCUACUGGUUUCCAUCCGAGCUACAAUGGCGAAGUGGUUCAAGGAGUUCCCCAUCAAUCUGAAGAACGGUACCGACAGGAUCCGCUCAGCCUCCGAGUCUGGCUCGCAGCCCAGAGCCGGAAAACCCGGGCUGGUGGCCAGCAUCGGUACCAAAACACCUGGCUCCAAAACGGGCCACCGCAAAAACUCCUCCAGUGACAGCACGGGAGGUGGAGGUGGAGGUGGUGGAGGAGUCGGGUCUCUCCUCUCCGGGAGAAACCGCAAGAACUCGGCCACAGAGGUGAGCAGGAACGGUGUGAGCGCCCCGAAAGAUGGGAAGGUCUGGGACUCCCUCCUGUCAGGGAAGAGCCGCAAGAACUCCAAAGCAGAACCAGCAGAACCGGUGUUCGAGGAGCAGCAGCAGCAGCACAGGCCUCUGAAGAGCUCUCCAUCCGCCAACUCCUACAUCAGCCGGCUGAUCAGGGUGGACAAACAGGACAAGAGCCCCAACUUCAACUGCGGCACCGUCACCGGUCCGGUACCGGUACCCGAGGCCGAGAAACCGGCCCAGUGCAAGACCGAAACUGUGAUCAUCCUUGAGGACUACGCGGAUCCCUUUGACGCUCAGAAGACCAGGGAGCAGAGGGAGGCGGAGAGGGUCGGGGAGAACGAUGGUUACAUGGAGCCGUACGAUGCUCAGCAGAUGAUCACGGAGAUCAGACGUCGGGGCUCCAAGGACCUGCUGAAGGUGUGUGUGCUGAUGGAGGCGGUCGAAGGGGCAGUGGAGGAAGGUCAGCCGGCGCCCUUGCAGAUAUACGACGUGCCGUACGAGGGAGGCGGGGACGGCGACAGGACGGCGGUGGUCGCGCGGGGGCCCGAGCUGGAUCCUCGCCCGUCCACUGAGUACGAGCUGCCCUGGGAGUGGAAGAAGGAGCACAUUGUCAGAACUCUGUCGGCACAGUUUGACAGCCCCGAACGCCAAGCCAAAGAUGACACGCCUCACCUGACGCUCACCAGGCAGCCCCAGCAUCCGCCGGCCCAGCAUCAGCAUCAGCAUCAGCAUCUGAGGCAGAAAAGCUGGACGCAGAAGAUCCUGAGAUCCUCACCUCCGACCCCUGACCCCGAGGCCUGCUGCGUCGACCCCUCCCUGCCGCUGGAAAAACAGAGCUGGUACCACGGCUGUGUGACUCGUCAGGAGGCGGAGUUCCAGCUGCAGUCCUGCAGGGAGGCCAGCUUCCUGGUCCGGAACAGCGAGUCGGACAACAGCAAGUACUCCAUCGCCCUCAAGACGAGCCAUGGCUGCGUCCACAUCAUCGUCGCCCAGACUAAAGAGAACGGCUACACCCUGGACCAGAGCAGCUGCGUGUUUCCCAGCAUCCCGGAGGUGGUGCACCACUACUGCACCCAGCGCCUGCCUUUCAACGGCGCCGAGCACAUGACCCUGCUGCACCCAGUGCCUCGCAGCCACUGACUCCACCCGGGCUGAGCUUUAGGUAUACAAAAAAAGAAGAAAAAAAAACAAGCACACCUCUGGACAGACAUGGACACAGUGUUUCCAAAAGAACCACCUCACCUCUGAUGUGUCGAUGUGUACUUCUGCUGCUCAGUCUCACAUCAUAACUCGGGCCGUGUGACCACCACCUCAUGUGCUGCUUUUAUCGAAUCUGAUUGGAUGAUCAGAGCAUGUUUGCAGCUGACUCUCUGUCUUUAUCUUACUUUGAUGUGUGGCUGAUGCAAAUCAUCUCAGCUGCUGUUUUGCAUGUGAACGGGGGGGGGGGGGAGCGCAGACCACGAGGCACUUUUAAAGAUCAAAUGUGACUUUGAGUUGGUUUGGGAGCAGGAACUCACGCACAGAUGUAUUGUUUUUAAUUAUCCAGCGAUGCCACACAUGACACUGUUUGUUGUUGCUGCCACGUGGAAUUUAUUAUGGGGCAGAAAAGUGCCUUUUGAUACAGAGUGAAGCUUGCUCGCUUGUGUGCAGCUCUCUCUCUCCCUCUGGUGGGUGUGCUGGUACACUACACCGACAUAGCAACACACACACACACACACAC